CAGAUGUCGGGAGAUUUAUUUUGUCAAAACAAAAAAUAAAUCGCAUCAUUAAGGGUCAUACGCAAGAGGAAAGAAGUGGGCACCGUGUAGAGUAGACGCCGCCUCCGGAGUCUCGUCCAUCUCUCCCAAACCAGUCCUGUCUGUUGGUGUGAUGGCUUUGUUAUUGGUGCUUCUGCUCUCUGUGAUACUCCUCUUCAUCCAAAGUCCUGCUCAAGCAACCACUUCCUGCCCUGUCAGCUGUCGAUGCUACAGCCUCACUGUGGAGUGUGGCUCCACUGGCCUCAAAAACAUCCCCAAACAUGUUCCUCCAUCAACACAGACUGUCUUCCUUCAGGAUAAUGUGAUUGGUCAGAUCCGUCGACAGGAUCUCACUCUGCUGAGACACCUGCACUAUCUGUACCUGCAGAACAACACCAUCUCAGCAGUGGAGCCCGGCUCUUUCCAGAACCAGGGUCAGCUGUUGGAGCUGGCUCUAAACGGGAAUCGGAUCCAUCUGGUGACAGCUGACAUGUUUCAGGGACUUGAACAUCUUCGCAUUCUUUACCUCGCAGGAAAUGACAUAACACGCCUCCUUGACUACACCUUCCGUGGCUUACAGCGUCUGCAGGAGCUCCAUUUGCAGCACAACAGUAUAGAGAUGUUGGCAGACCAGGCUCUGGUUGGUUUGAGCUCUCUGGCUCUACUGGACCUAAGCAGAAAUAAUCUUCACACUAUUGGCCCUGCAACUCUACGACCACUGGUCAGCCUGCAGGUGCUGCGGAUUACAGACAACCCCUGGCGCUGUGAUUGUGCUCUCCACUGGCUGAGGACCUGGAUUGAUGAGGAGGGCCAGAGGCUGCUCAGCUCUGCAGAACGUCGGUUGGUCUGCACCGAACCACCACGCCUUUCCCACCUCAGCCUGGUGGAGGUCCCCCUCAACAGUCUGGUUUGUAUCCCUCCACUAGUGCAGCUGGAGCCCAGAAGGUUAGCCGUGCGUCUGGGAGAGAGUCUCAGGGUGUCCUGCCAUGCAUCUGGAUACCCUCGGCCACAGGUGACCUGGAAGAAGGCGUCCCAGGGUAAAGUGGUGCUUUCUCCCAGAGGCCUGGUACAGGAGCUGGGUGCUGGAGGAUCUGGAGGAGGCAGAGCAGAGGAGCCUUCAGAGGAAAGCAGAGUCAGUCUUCAGAAGACAGAGGGUGAACGCUUUGACCCUGACACUGGCAGCGGGAUGCUGUUUCUCAGUAAUGUGACUGUGGCUCAUGCAGGUUUUUAUGAAUGUGAAGCCUGGAAUGCAGGGGGCGUGGCCAGAGUGACCUUUCAGCUAGCCAUCAACUCAUCUACUUCCUCUUCAUCUUCCUCUUCAAUCUGGGCGUCAUGGUCGCAGGUGUCCUCAGCAUACUCCCCCGCCUGGCCGCGGUUAAGGAGCCACGGCCAUGCUAUGGGCUCAGAUGUGAGCCGGGAGCCACUGUACGCUCUUGGCAGCAUGGCCUUCAGUGCACUGGGAGCUGCAACUCAGACUGCCAUUGCUGUUGGCAUCUCUCUGCUGGCUCUCACUGCUCUGCUACUGGUUGCUAUGAUCUACAGUCGACAUCAUCAACGAGACAAGGAAGCUGAUGGAGCUGAGAAAGAGGAGAGCAUCCUGUAUGUGAAUGACUACUCUGAUGGCCCCACCACCUUCGCCCAGCUGGAGGAGUACCGUGAUGAACGUGGCCAUGAGAUGUACGUUCUUAACAGAGCCAAGCCGGUGUUGCCACCUGCUCCUCCCACAGCUGUGUCCACCACUAACCUGGGCUGUCCCGCUCCAUCUGACACCUCGAGCCACACUCUCUCCUCGGGGGCAGGCCAGACCAUGAGCCCCUCUCUGACCGCAAACAAGCAGCAGCAGCAGGAGGGGGACAUACGGACCAUGAGGAGAAUAGCUGGGGAGGGAGGGGAGGCAGAGCCUGUGAUCACUUCAGAAGCUGAGGGGAUGUUUCUCAAUCACACAGGUCUGUUCAUGGACUCUCAAAUUGCUUAUGAAAUCCACUGCUGAAAAGGGGAGACAAUUCCCCUCAGCACACUGGAAUUUGUGUGUUAGAGACGGUACUUUACUGCAAAGCCUGUCACAUCUUAUCAGAGGAAAGUCAGGGUGCCACUACUGGAAUCUACCAGGAACUGAAGGAAACUCCAAUCCCUGCUGGUGGUGUAAUGAGUCUUUAUGAGAAGCUUCUCUUAACUUGCAGAGCAAGCACUGUGGUUUGUAAAAUCAACAGCUGAACUUUUAAUGACAUACUGUGACCUGAUACCAAAUGUCAGUCGUGAGUUGGCUGGUGCAUAGAUUGGCCAUCUAGUGCCAAUACCCUCCAAUUAUAGUUGGACUCACUGAGCUGCACAUAGCUAAACUUCUUUCUUCAUGAACAUCUGGAUCAGCAUUUACCAGAACUAUUUUACAUCUACAGUCCUUCCACUAUCCUUACAGGACAAGAGUUAACAUCUCUAGACAAGACUCAGACAAAGAUCGAUUGCAAGUGCUUAUUGAUUAUCUUCAAGAUCAUGGGCAUGAGAGAACCUCUGUUAUUUAUGUAUUGACAUCUUUUGUUUGAUCUCAGUCUCUGAAGGCUUUAAGGUUCUUCAGUGGAGCAGCAACAGCAUACUUUCUUUAACUAUUUGUUUCUAUGUGUAAGCAUGAUUAUCAUUGCAGAGAAUUGAUUUUUACACUGAUUUUUUAUUCCUACUUGGACUCUCAACAACUGUCUAGCUGAUAGAUUUGAUCAGCAUACUGUCUGGGUUAAGAACAACACACAUUGUGUCUCUGUGGUGUUAGCAACCUUCCCUGAGCCUGCCGUUUUUAACUGUAGAUCACUUCAUAAAGCAAGAUGGCACAUGUAGGUCAUUGAAUCUAAACUUGGCACAAAAAGUAAGGAAACAAUGCUUUUUGGCAAUAAAUCUUAUACUGUUGGAGAGCCUGUUUGUUCCCCUUUGCAUCUGCAGGAUGAGCAGCAGGGCUGAGUAUGUGGGUUGUGCCCAUGAAAGAUGUGGCAAAUCUUCUCUGCCAGUGUCAAACAGCUUAUUCUGCUGUCUGUAAUGACUUUUGUUUUGACCUUCUGGUGUUGACAGUCAGGCACCUGUGAGCAUGGGUUUUGCUACAGUGAUCAAUAGGGGUCUGCUCCAAGAAUUGGCAUGCCAUGAUUGACUUACUGUAUGUGGAUAGGACCAGUGUGACAGGGUAACUUCAAGCUGGUGGUCUGCAAAAUCAAAUCAUAGCAUUAUUUGGAGUGAGCCCUAGUACCAUCUCCAGACUGUAGGCCAAGUUCCAGAUAUCAGGGGAUGUUAGAGACAGGCUGCAAAUUGGGCUUCUCAAGAAGGUGACACCCCAAGAGACUUGUUUCCUCACCCUGUCAGCACUUAGGAACUGUAGCCUGUCUUCUACAGAUGUGCAGGAUGAUUAUGGCCGACGGCUCUCUGCCCAGACAAUCCAGAACAGACUGCACGCAGCCAGUCUCCGGUCUCAUAGGGCUGCCAGAUUCUGACUACAGCAGUUGGAUCAUAGGGUCAAAGUGUGUAGAGGACACACAGAACGCUAUACUGAUUGCCACAACGAUAGAGUAACAUCUUUUAG